AUGAGUCUCCCAACGAAGGAGCGUCUGAACGAGGCUACCGAGUUCUUCCAGUCACUAGACCUAGUCACUAUGGCGCGCGAGGCCGAGAAAAUCGCAAGCGCACGCGCGCAAGGGAGAAAGAGAAAUGCGCCGUUAGUCUCAGCAGCAGAGCAGUCAUCUUCGCCGAGCGCUGGGGAAGUCGCCAAAUCGCAUGAUGAAAGCCCUCCGAGCCCGUUCACCGUCUCUCUUGAAUCUUUGCAUGCGCUUCCUCGUGCGCGCGCCGCAACGGUCCUACAUGCGGCGCCUGUCGAUCCUACUGCUCGUUUGUAUCCCUUCUGCGAACUGCUGCGGGACAAAUUUUUGGAGGCCGGAUUUUUGGUGGGUGAGCAGAAGAAGGAGAAGGAUAUCAAGCAGACGAAUGAUAAGUCUACAGAGGGCGCGGCAGUUGAAGAGCCCUCCCACCUCGAGGAAAUCCCAGCCAACAUUGCGGAAGAAGACGCGCUUAGAUCAGACAAGUCGAUAAGCACCGAAGCUGUAUCAAAGAAAUCUACAGCUUCAAAACCGAAGAUCAGACCGCUUCUCCUGCACGCUACGGUGGCAAAUACGAUUUAUGUCCGUGGGAGAGCACGGGGUGGAGGACCGCAGAAGGGUCAAAAUCGCAAAAACCAAUACACUUUCGAUGCACGGGAUUUUCUGUCUCACUAUCGGAACUAUUAUGUUGACAGUGAUAGAACGACUCCUCGAGCUACGGUAGUUACAACUAGCGGGGAUGGUGGUGAGCAAGAUCCGCUGAACGGGGAGGGUCUUUCCGAUAAUGAGACCAGCCGCCCGGAAAGUGAGGAAGACAGGUCGCCGAACAACAGAAGGGCGUCUAGGGAUGCCACAGGCGGCAGUAGACAGCAAUAUGCCUUUGUGUGGGCGAAGGACUUCGCCCUUGAAACGAUAUGUAUCUGUGAGAUGGGUGCGAAGAAACUUGACCCGGAGGCCGACGAGGAUGGAAUGAACGCGCGUUUGCGAGAGAAAUACUUGGCCGUAAUAGAACGGAGCUUGGAGUUUCAGUCUAUCGGAGACGGAGAUGGUAAGGCCGAUGCCAGUAGUGAUGGGGGUGGUGUGAAUAUUCGUUGA